CACCUCUUCACGUUACGUGAAUAGGUACUGCAAAAUGUGACUAGUGUAAUAAUAUACUUGUAGAUAAACCAUACUUAACAUGAUUACCACAAUGAGCGUAAAACUGUGACGGAAACUAUUAUCGUAUUUGCGAAAACUGCGUAAUAAUGUAAACAAAACGUGAAAAAAGAAACUCGUUAACGCUUUGUAAAUUGGACGUCGACUUCGUAAUCGGAUCUAAGGGAUAGUGGCAGUUGCAUAGUGAUAAAUUAGUUCAGUGUGAACGCUUCUCAAGACCGCCCUUUAUCAGUAGUCGGGUAACGACGUACAUCGCCGAGUGCCGUGAAGCGGCCAGAUAAAGGAUUUGCAGUUUGUUUAUGCGUUGCAUCGGCGGCGGGAGACGCGAGGCGGGGCGUCAGUGCGCGCGCGUUGCCUCGCCCGAUGCACGCGUGUCCUCGGCUGUGCGCAGUAGUUAGUCGUCCAUGUCGAUGAGUAGACCAUGGCUGAAUGGUCUCUACCCGACCUCGACUGUCCGAUAAACCGAUUUGAUUCUUAUCACUACGCGACCUACCCCUCGUAUCGUCAGCGCGAACCCGUGCCGCGAGUGUCUUACUGCCCGCCGCAAGCGCAACCUAGCCAGCCUGCAGCUUCGUCAGCCACCAUGGCCAUGCAUUUUGCUCCUCAAAUGCACUAUGCCAGCGCACCAGCUCCGGUCCCCAGGGGAGAAAACCCCCGUGAGAUGCGGAAUCGUGCAGAGAAGAUGAGAAGGGACCGGCUGAACCAAUCCGUCGCUGAGCUGGCCUCCAUGGUGCCACCAGUGGUCGCUGCCAGGCGCAAGAUUGACAAGACUACAGUGCUUCGUCUCACCGCACAUUACUUGAGAGCCCACCAGUAUGUGUUCGGUGACUCCAUCGGUCAGUCCCCUCAGGAGUUCAAACCGGACUCCAUGUUGAAGGUGCUGAGCAUGUUCAACGGCUUCCUGAUCACCACCACCUACCGAGGCAUCAUUGUGGUGGCCUCCCAAAAUGUGCACCAGUAUCUUGGAUACACUGAGCUCGAUUUGCUCGGCCAGAACCUUUUGAACAUAACCCAUGAAGAUGAUCGAGCUAUGCUGCGAGAGCAACUAAUGCCCAAGAGCCAAACUCUUGGCCCCAAUGGAGAACUCAUGAUUAUGGAUGAACCUGAUGCCAUUCGCAAAGCUGAAGAAGCUCUGGCCCAGGAGAAGAGGCAAUUUAUAAUAAGGCUGAAGAAGUUAGGCCAGCGGUCUGAGCCGAACCAGUACAUCACGUGCCACGUGGAGGGUUCGCUGAGGAAGUCUGACCGCGCGUGCCGUGGCUACAACCGCUGCUGUCAGAUCGUGCGCCGUGCUCGCGCCCGCUCUGAGAACCCUUGCUCCAGUGGAAACGAUAUCGUGUUUAUAGGUGUUGUGCGACCCACGAGCGAGACUUUCAUCAACGAGAGUGCUCUUGAGUCAUACCGCAUGGAGUAUCGCACCCGGCACUCGAUCGACGGCGAGAUAAUCCAGUGCGAGGCGCGCAUCGCUCUCGUCACGGGCUACAUGACGCACGAAGUCAGCGGAGUCAACGCGAUGAACUUCAUGCACCGCGACGAUGUCCGCUGGGUCAUCAUCGCGCUCCGAGAGAUGUAUGACCAGCAUAGGCUAUUCGGAGAGUCAUGCUACCGUUUAAUCGCGAAGAACGGCCAGUCCAUCUACAUGAGAACCCGCGGUUGCCUGGAGGUAGACAAAGAGACAAGAGCCGUCACCAGCUUUGUCUGCACCAACACGGUAGUCAACGAGGAAGAAGGGAAGCAGCUCAUCAAACUCAUGAAGCAAAAGUUUGCUAUGAUGGUGAUCAGCAAAGAAGAUGUUGCACCAGCUGAGAAGCCAGCGAAUAAUGAAAUAGCACCUCCACCAGUAAAUGAGAAUGUAGAAGAAUUACAAGAUGAAGAAGAGGAAGAGGAGGAGGAUGAGGAUGAGGAUGACGAAGACGAUUCCGAUGAAGAAGACCAAACUGAUGAAGACCAAGAUGCACUAGUUGAGGAUCCACGGCGUUUGGAAGAAGUCAUUUUACAUCUGGUGACCAACUUGCCGUCGCCUUCUUCAAAUGACAGCGAUGAUGAUGGCUGUUCAGGUGCGUCAUCCGAGAAGAGCAUGUCGCCACACCGACUCACUAUAAUACCACCUAACAGAGAAAGGAUUGUCAGUGCAAUCGAGAAGAUCUACAGCGUUGUCAAAUAUUUCCAAAAAGGUUCAAGACGCCGACAAAAUGUUACUUUUGAGAACAGAACCCGCCAUGGUAAUGGAGUACGUAAGCGUAAACAAAAUAAAUCUAACCGUAAUAAACGUUCCAACCGAAUUAAAACUGCAAAUAUAAACGUACCUGUAGUCAGCAGUAUGCCUGUGGCACAGCCAGCACCAGCUGCUCAAAACGUGACUUCUACAAUACAAGAGAUUCCCACUGCUCAGCCCAUGAACGAUUCUGGAAAGUCCAUGGUAAACCACGUGUCUCCAACAGACUAUGUGAACUAUGGGGCUUCGACAAGCUCAUUCUCUAAUUUGGAGUUUAUGUACCCGAACAAUAACAAAAGUGGGGAAGACUAUUUGAAUGAGCAACUCAACUGCACAGAUGAUAAUGAAACGCCAAACCCAUACCCUGAUGUGGAUAUUUUACUGGAAGAGUUUUUGAAGGAGCAAUGCAACAGCACAGAUGAGAAUGCAUAUUGUGCCACAGAACUGGCAAUGAGUGCAACGAUGGCUGGUUUCGAGGAGGCAGCCAGCGCCUUGCCAAUGAUGCCGCAGCCGGCCUCUAGCUGCGUCGAACGCGGAACUAAACGGCCGGCUUCAAACGACUUUGAAGACUUCGGUCCGGUUUUCAAGAAAACGAGAACUGAAGAACAAUUAGUAAGGGAACAUGAACCAACAGAAGAUGGAAGCAUACCAGAAGAUAUAAGCAUACCAGAAGAUGGAAGCAUAACAGACGAUGGAAGCAUACUAGAAGAUGGAAGCACACCAGAAGAUGCGCUUGCUACGCUCGACCAUUUGUUAUCUCUUAUCAACUUAGAGGAAAUCAAUGCUCUAAUCGCAUCAUUGACGCCAGACGAAUUUCCCGACUUGGAACCGGACGAAGUGGAGGACUUUCUAAGUCAUUUAGAUACGUUACGACGGAUGCAACGAAUUCUCGAGAAUCCGGGAGAAGAAUAAGCAGCCCGUUAUUCACAUGCUAGUAGUUUUUUGGAACAAAACUACCAAUAUGGUAGUUCGAUCAAACUUUUUUUUCUUUUUCUAAUUUUAAACACAGCUGCAGCUGUGUUUUUAGAAAUAUUUCUUUUGUGUUUAUAUUUUUGUAACAUAUUAAUCUGUUCACUACGAUAUUUUCUGAGACCUAUGCGUAACGCAUAGUCAUCAAAAUGUACUUGGAGUCAAAGUCAAGUCGAAAAGAUCUCGGUUUUUGUUAUUAUUUCAGUGUCAUGGUAGACGAUAAGAUAUAUUUAGUUAAUAGGUACUUGUGUAGUAUCGGAUUUAGUGUCAUUCACCCUUAAUUUCAAGCUGUUCAAAUGUCAGGAUCGCUGAACCAGCUACCUUUAGUUGCUACCAAUUGAUACCCUCGUGGUUUUAAAUAUUCAGCAUCUAAAGUUGAUAGCGAUCCUGACGUAGACGUUAAAAUUACGGGUCCUUGUAGUCACUGUUAUGUUGUAAUAGGUAGUUACUAAGCAAAUUUUCAUCAUUGGCAUUUAGUUCAUGGUUUAAAAUCGUGAUGAAAUUAAGUGCUCGUCAAGAGCUUUCUUCUGAUGUUUUGUAUCAACAAUGUACAUUGUUCAUACAAAAGUGCCCAUGCUCCUUUGAUUUUUUCAUUUUUCUAUUCUUUUUUUACUGUAUGCAUGUUAAAUCCUACUUAAUCUAUCGUUAUGAUACACAAAGCACGUGUUCAGUUCAUUUACUAGUUUUUGCUUACUCAGCUCCCUCCAGCGACUGGACUAUUACAUAUUAUCACUAAAUAUUCAUUAAAAAUAUAACGUCCUCUCGUUCAAUCAUUUGACGUUGACACCCUUGUUAGGACAAGUUAAACCUACACAUUUAAUGUAGCUCAUAUUGUAGGAGUUCACUGAACACCACGCAAAAUGGCCCAAUGCAUUAAAUAAUUUUCAUUUAGAAAAUUUUCUUUAAUAAGGGACCUAUAUUGCCAAAGUUAUACAAAAAGUUAAAAAAUUAAAACUAGUCACGUCAACCAGUAACUUUUUUAUACGAUGAUAAAAGAAUAACCUGAACUAAUCCAUGUCUUUUGCGUAAAACAAAACUUAGAAGCGAGUAAUUAUUUUUGACGUAUCGUAAGACUGAGUAUUUUUAAUUGUUGUUUUUUCAAAAUAUGUUUAAGUGAUUUACUUAGAUUUACAUUUCAGCAUUUUGUAGUUGAUUUUUUGAUUUUUGUAGUUUAUUAAUAUGACCCUUAUUUAGGGAGCCAUAUUUUGUUAGGUUUAUCUACGUCUGUUUAAGCAUCACUGGACUCAGUGACAUUGUGUUGCCAUAGAUUAUAUAUUUACUAAUCAAGCUACGCUACGUUGGAAGUUUCAGAAGCGGUCACAGUUCCCGCAUACUGCAGGUUAAAAAAUCUGCCGUGUGUUGGUACUUUAAAUUAAGUAAUUGUUACAAAUUAUCAAUCAAAAAAUCCAGUGACGCCUAUUAAGACAUUUAUUUUUAAUAUUUUGUCGAUUUUGCCUGUACACUCAAUACAUAAGUAUAAUAAAGUGUUACUUCAUGAGCGUUAUAUAUUAUUUUAUUUUGUUAUUCUUGUAAAACCUGUUGUUUUUUUGCCCAUAAGAAUUUCAGGGGCCAUAUGAGUAUGGUGGUUUAAAAAGUUAAUAUAAAAAAGUAUGGAUAUGCUACCAAACUUGCAAAAUUUCUGGGAGAGUUAAAUUCUUCUUGUAGUUAAAUGUUGGUUUUCGCAGAAAUAGAUCUCAUACUCGCAUGUUGUUAGUACACAUAUGCACUGAGGAGCUAUGUCUAUCAACGGCGUGUUUUUUUAUAUCAUUAGAUUAUAAUAUUGAUGUUUAGACUACGUUUAUGUUAGAGUAUUUAAAAUAAUGAAAUUGAGGAACUUACCCACAUGGUCAUUUAUAUUCUGAUAUUAUGAAAUCUAUAACGUUUGCUUCAAUUCUGAGUGCCAAUCAUUUUGUUAUUUCAGAAACCUAUUCAUCCGACCAAAUAUCACAAAAUUAUGUCAUUAUUAUACUUAUUUAUCCAUUUUUAGGAACUCAUUAAUCGUUGUACCGUUUUUUACAUUACUUAGUGGUAGUAAUAUUUAAACUAGUCUUGUAGUUACACUAUAAAACUUGAUGUUAAUAAUAAGGCCUGAAUUUUUUGUCGCUAUUUAAAAUUCAAAAUGAGCUGCUUAGUGUAAAAGUGGCGUAUUUUAGGAUUUAAGUACGUAUGUAUGCCAAAUGUCCCGUAGUUAAAAGUAUUUGAAGUCAAUGUACCCUUUUAUAAUAUAAUAUUACUUACAAAACUUACUUUUCCGCAAAUGAUUCUUACUGAAAUAAACAUUUUCUGUAUCUGUGUAUACUUUUGAUAAUUAAUCUGUAGGUACAAAGCAUAAUUUACCUAGUGAAAAUCAUAAAUACUACCCGGGAUUUAAUAAAUUUUUCAUAUCCAAGAAAUAAACUGAAUAAACUAAACUUACAUUUUAUAUAAUCUCUACUACAUAUAAUACGUAAUGGUAAUUUUAGAUAUAUUUAAAUAUCGGUAGUUUUACCAUAUUGAAUAUAAUUAAGUCGGCUUAUUUCCAUGCGUCCAUAAAUUGACAUUCGGGCUUCUGCACACUACAGUAAGUACCUGGUCGGAUAAAGUAAAUGUUUUUUUUUAUUGAGUGGCCGAUUAACACAAUUGCUUCUAUUGUAUUCAAUUCGCUGGACUACUAAUUUUAAGUAGUCAUUUGUUUUGAGUUGUGGAACUUCGAUGCAAGCUGUUUUUGUUUACACUCAGAUAUUGCAACUUGCACACAGAAUAAACUGUCAGCCGAUAGUUGUCCCGCUGGUUGGCUGAUUUAAGGUAAUUGUGAAUCUAAGACAUACCUAGAUCUAAAGACAUAAUAAUAAGGCCUUGAUCAAGUAAUGUAGUGUACAGAAGCCUAUAAGAACUCCGCUAGGGAUUCAUAUCUGUAAUGGUUUCCGAAUUUCUCCACCAUAGAAUAACAAAAAAAUGUUUAUAUUUAAGGGAUAACAAUAUAAAUUGCGUAGUGUUGCGAUUUAAUGCCAGGUUACACCACUGCUCACUAAACACGACUUACACGAAAAAGUAUUGCCACCGUCGAUCAACUUCAAACGAUUGAUAGAAUAGUGAGUAGUGGUGUAAAAAGGACUAAUAUAUGUAUAACAUAUAGAAAUAUAUCGAUGUUUCUUCACGGUGUCGUAUCGUCAGUAGUAAGUAGUGAUUAAAAUCGAAGUAAAUAAUCAAUUUGGUAUUUUUGAAAAUCGAAUUGUUCGAAUGAAAAGAAGGCUUUAUAAAACUUUCUGUGAAGAGGAAUAUGACUAACAAAGAUUUAUAUGUAUGUACCUAUUUUGGGAUUUGUAGGUAGGACUUUUGGAAUUAAUACCACAGUUCAGAAUGAUUAAAGUCGAACUACUGGAUAUCUAUUUGAAUUUUCAUCUUAAACAUGAAAUAGAAUGGUCACAAUUUUAUCAUCUGAUUGUGUGCAUCGAAUGUAAUAUCCGACUUAAUCCUUUUUAACACAUUUAUUAUAUAGAGGUAUGAAGGCGACUGGCGACUAGGUACAUAUCAUGCCAGCGAGAGCACCUACAGAUCAGCUGGUAAUCAGAAGAUCAGAAAGCACAUUGCUUGCUUGUAUAUGCUGACGGCACACAGUUACCGACACACUGAUGGCGUACUUGUGUAGCAGCCUUUUCAUACCUACACCAUGCUCCACUUUUAUGAUACCUACUUACCUAAUAUCAACAUCCGCUUGUGUUUUAUCUUUCUUUACCAUGAUAUUAAAACAAUACCAAUUGUUAUUAGUUUACAAAAUAGAAGGGAGAGAUUAAACUCAGGUAGGUAUCUAGUAGUAACUAAAGACAUAAGGCUUAUAUCGAAUAUCUCAACUUUUUCUCAAAAUCACUAAAUUAUAGAAGAAAACAUUUGUCAAAAGGCAAAACAUUUGUCUAGAUAACACGUUUUGAUACUUUUUUAUACAAAAACACGGCACACGCAGGUUUUGGAUAGAAUACGAUGUGAACUGAAAACUUCAUGUUUAUUCAGAAAAGGAAUUAUACAAAAACCUCUUAGACGUAAUGAAUUUAACUCAAAAAUGAAUAUUCUUCGAAAUUGCACUUUUCUAAAUAGAUGUGUAGGAUGGAUUCGAUAAAAAUCGUAUUGUCAAAAAAAAAGUCUGAAAUGGAAAAGACAGGAUAUUAAAAUUAUUAAUAAAAGGUACGUAGUGAUCUUCUAUAUUUUUAAACUACCUAUAAUUUGAUGUAUAUCUAUCUGUCUACGUAUUAUGAAUGUAUUUACAUGUUAUAAGCAGUUAUUCACAACUAAUUGGUAACCAUUAAAACUUUGGAUGAUUCAAUAGUUGUAAUCUUUUGUGGGUAGUAAAUAAAAAUAAUAAAAAUG